UGAUAGAUCGUGCGAGUGUGUGUGUGCGUGCGAUUCGUCAGAAAUCAUACGUAGAAACCGUUUCGCAGUUCGCCAGACAGGACGAGAGUGGUGGAAUCGCGCGAUUAUUCCAUCCAGUACGGGCUACAUUGGGCAGUGUUCCGGGUAUUUUCCACUUCUCGUUUGGUAUCGUUGCUGGCAGACCGGGCAGAAGUAGAAUUCUUUGCCCGCAUAGGAGAAGCACCACUCCACCACAUCCUGCCUGCGUGUGAUGAUACUUUCUCCCGUCUUCGGUGUCUCGCGGUGUCGCUGCUGACGGGGAGCGGUGCGCUUUUUUUGUUGCUUUCUUUUCGCGUGUGUCCAGGUGCUGACCAGGAAAGUUGGCGAAGCUGGCCACAUCCGCUCGGUGGUUGAUUCACGGUCAGCGGUGAAGAAAAGAAAAUUAUUUAUUGUUCUCGCGUACAAAGUGAUGCGGCACUGUGCGUGAAGUUCCCGCUGCGUGUGUGUGAAGAUAUUUGACGGAAGUUGAGGUGGUGCUAUUGUGGUGCUGCCUUCCCCUCCCACCCCCUAGUUGCGCUCGACACGUUGCCAUCUCCAAUUAGGGCCACCUGUGAAAAGGCGUGCGAUGGUGGUGUAGAGCAAAAAUUGGCCAAAAGUUCAGUGAGAAGAUACGCCGUGAGCAAUCGUUGUGCCAGUGUUCGGAAAACCGUUCCUGCCGUCAGAGACGGCGUGUGCAUUGUUUUCGUCUAGCACCCUUCCCGGCGAACCGUAUCGCUGUGAUCCGAUUCUAAAGAACUGCAGCACCCCCGCUCGAAGAACACACACACACACGAUGUAUUUCUACAAACAAAAGCUGCUGCACGCGGCGCAGCUGAAGAAGCUGUACGACCACAAGUAUUCCUGCACCAACGUCAGCCUGAUGGAUCCGUUCCUGCAGCCCUGGUGGUGCUGGCUCGUCUCGAAGGUGCCGCUCUGGUUGGCCCCCAAUCUCAUCACGAUCGUCGGCCUGGCGAUCAAUAUCGCCACCACGCUCAUACUGAUCUCCUACAGCCCCACUGGCCGUGAGGAACCCCCGCGAUGGUCGUCGGCCCUGUGCGGCAUCGGCCUGUUCAUCUACCAAAGCCUGGACGCGAUCGAUGGCAAGCAGGCGCGCCGGACCAACUCGUCCUCGCCGCUGGGCGAGCUGUUCGAUCACGGGUGCGACUCCAUCUCGACCGUGUUUGUCGCCCUGUCGGCCUGUAUCUCCGUCCAGCUCGGCUACUACCCGCGGUGGAUGUUUUUCCAGUGCUUCUGCGCGAUGACACUGUUCUACUGUGCCCACUGGCAGACGUACGUGUCCGGUACGCUCCGGUUCGGGCGCAUCGACGUAACCGAGGCCCAGUGCACGAUCAUCGGCAUUCAUAUGAUAUCGGCCAUCUUCGGUCCCUCGAUCUGGAUGACGAAGCUACCGUUGAUGGGGGGCAUCGACAUAAAGACGGUCCCGCUCUACUUUGCCGUGUUUGUGUUCGGACUGCUCGCCUAUCAGAACGCGUCCGUUAUCUUUACCGGUGGCGUGGGCAAAAAUGGAUCUACUGUCGCUGGCACGAGCGUACUAUCGCCGAUCAUCCCGUUCCUGUUCGUCGUAGUGCCGGCGUACGUGAUCUCGCAGAAAUCGACGGACCAGAUCUACGAAAACCAUCCCGCCCUGUACAUAAUGGCGUUCGGGAUGAUAACGGCCAAGGUGACGAACCGGCUGGUGGUCGCCCAUAUGACAAAGAGCGAAAUGGAGUACCUUGACUGGGGACUGAUUGGGCCGCUGUGCCUGUUCCUCAACCAGUACUUCAACAGCUUCCUGCCAGAGUAUUACGUCCUGUGGUUCUGUUUGCUCUGGUGUACGGUCGAUCUGAUCCGGUACUGUGGGCAGGUGUGUCUGGAAAUUUGCGACUACCUGAAGAUUGAGCUGUUCCGCAUUCCCUACCCACCGAAGCCAGUAAUGACAUCACAAGAAACGGACGAGCUGGACCAGCAGCAGCAGCAGCAUCAACAAUCAAGCAUCAACAACAAUCGUCGCUCGUAUCCGACCACACCGGUGCGUAACCUAACCGUGCCACCGGCGAUGGGCCAACGGACGGCGUCGGAGGACAAUCCAAGCCCGCGCGUGACACCAAACUCAUCGCCCCGCAAACCGCAUCGCGUAUGAGGAAUGUCGGUGCACACUAUCCCAGCAUCAUUAGGAAAAACACCAUCAGGGAAAAAAGGGAACAGAGAACAUGAUGAGUAGAGUUGGAUGGCAAGGGGGUUGGUGGUACAUUGUUGGUGAUGGAUAUAGAAUUAAUUGUCGCUACUUGCCAAUGUUCUUUCGUAAGGGAGGAGUGCGAUCGAAAUGGUUUGGUGCAUAGUUUCGCGUUGCUAGGUGUGUGCUAUAUUGUGUGUAGAGGUACGACCAGCGAGUCAAAUCUGUCUCGAGGAAACGAAAACUGAACUGAUACUGAACUAGGUGUGUCCCAUCCAUCGAACUACUCAGAACUAAGCUUAUGCAAACACUUGAAGAAAUUAAAGCACUGGUAUAAAUGAACAGAAUUAAACCAUUCACUUCUUUGCUCUUACAGCAUCAAGCCGGCACAGUGUGUGUGUGUCCAGUGGUGGAAGACAAUAGUCUCUAACUCUGUGUACAGACAGGAGGACGGUGGUCGCACUAGAAUUUAAUGAAACGAAACAUUACGGGCAUCACAGACAAAAAAGCAAGCGCAAAAGCAAGUAAACGAUGCUUGUUAGAGUCUUUCGGGGCAGACGUGUACACACGCGUUACAGUCGCUCCACCAGAAACUAGAAGAGAUUGAGUAUAGAAUUAGCGCAAGCGAAAGGAAGACGGACGUCCCUUUUCGAGGGACAGAAUUCAGCUAAAAAGACAAUGCACCGUACGUUGUAAGAGCAAUCGAACCAAGAGCGGUUUUUACCAAAAAACCACUAGUUAAAUUGUAACGAAUUCACCCUUCCUGCUGUGUCAGUUGUGCCCGCGCCUCCUCCCCCCUAGAGGAACAAUGCGUCCUACAACUAGGAAAGGGGAGAGACGGCGGGGGGCAAUAGAAGUUGUUUAGAAAUAUAUUUAUACCAAUAGCGGGUAGUAGUUGUGUGAAGUGAAAGCUGCUAGAAUUAACGAAUGUUCGAGCCGGAAUGUCCGGGCUGUGUGGUGUGGUGUGUGUGUGUGGUGGUGAAUGGCGCAAUGCAAUAAAAUCGAACACUGUUGCGUGAUAAUUGCUGUUAAAGGAGAA